UCGAAUAGAUGAAUUUCAAUUAUAUGACAAAAGCGUGAGAUUUCUUUUUUGGUCAACUCUGCAGUUCUUAAGCUAUAACCGUGUAAACUGUCUCGUCUCAAUGUCUUCGUUAUCAGAAAACAUAAUUACUAUCCAAACAAACGAAAAUGAUUCUCCAGGCGAAUGCAGUGUAGAGAAAACAAAGUCGAAUCAGAACCAACCAACAUCAUCAAAACGAGUAGCAGUCGACCAAAAUAACAAUGACCUGCCAGCAAAAAGACUCCGUAAUAAGACACAAAAAUAUGGUCAGCUGGAAUACGAGAUGAAUGAUGAUCAUUUGUUCAAAGAGCUGGAAGCUUCAAGUCAAACACUUGCGGAAGAAGUUGAUGAAAACACUCCUCCAAACGCAAUUGAUUCACAAAUGGAUCAGCAAGAUGACCCCAUGAAGAAAUUGCUAUCACCUGGAGAGAUGAUUCUUUACAACAAGAUUAUGCAAAUUCAUGCCGAUGUCAAAGUGUUACAGAGAUCCGUGGUGGGCUUCGAGGUUAGGUGCAUCGAAAGUGAAAAUACUCAAAAACAACAGUCUAAGAUUAAGAAGCUGGGCAAAGUUACAGAUGAACAGCUGCAACAGUUGAAUUUACCAUUGACCGACGAGAAUGGUAUCACUGGGUUCAACACAAAACUAAAAAAGAAAGACUUCUACGAUAAAGUCUACAAGAUCUUCAAGUCUGUUGGAGGAGAAACGGGCACUGCUGUUGGCGAAGAGGUUGUCCAACGAAUUUGUGACUAUAUGUUCAGCGAACAAUUGUUAUCAAAUAUGACUUGGACAGGGAAAUGUGGACAAAAAGAAAGGAGAAAGAUUGCGUUCAAAUCGUUCGUGCAAUUAAUCGAGCUGUUUUGCAAUUUAGGCCAUGCUGCAGACAAUACAUUUGACAAGCAAGAAUGUCAUCGUUUUUUUGUCUACAAAGUGCUUAAAUAUGCAUAUAAAAAGUCUUCCGAUGAAAAUGCCCAAAAAAAGACGACCAAUGUCAGCGAAACCUUGUCAGAUGAUGAUAUUAUCAUCGUUGUUCCAGGAGACCCCAUUGCUGAUGCACCGAGUCUUGGCCAAACAUCCACAUCAAAUCAAAUGAGCUUACAUACGCCAUAUAAACAAGUGAACACGCAGUAUCAAUCAUUUCAGCCAGUUUCAGGCCAGAAAUAUCAAAUUAUUCAGUCAACACCAGGGCAAAGCUAUCGAAAUAUACAGGGGAUGCCAAUUUGCUAUACCAAUAGCAACGUAUGGACUAACCAAAAGUGA